ACGCGAUUUAUCCGCGAGUGCCGCUCGAGCAUCCUCCAACCGAAAAGCAUCUCUCUGCAAAUCUGCGCGUGACGCGCGAUUCGUACCGGAAGAUAUCGACCGACGAUCGUGACGUUGCCGCUAGGCGAUCGGAACUCGGAACCCUUAACCAAACUGCAAAGUUCUUUUGGCCGAGCGCGAUUCCAAUUAAAAUUAACAGACACGCCCCCGUUCCAGAGUACAAUCUCGAAUCGGUUUCAUCGAGAAACGAGGUCCGUUUUGUUCAGUCACGUUCGAGGAACGUGUUUAAGAAGCCGAAACCGCUCGAUUUCCGUAAGCCAUAUUCCUCCGUUCCGAGUCGAAAGUAAAGUGGUUUUCUUCGCCGGCCGUGGGAAAAAUGUGCGGCAGUUAUCUCGUUUAGCUGCGCCCAUGUCGAUAAGCGUUUGGUCCGCGUAUCAGAGCCGUGUUCGCAGGAGCUAUCAGGAUAAGCGUUUCUUGGAGAACGUCAGCCAGUAACGACAUCGCUGUCAGUCUCGUGGCGCAGCUGCCGAGAGCGCCGUUUUCGCUGUCGCGGCAUCGAUCGGCCACAGUCAGCCAUAACCUCUGCAACUCCGCUGUCCCUUCACCCUGGCUCUUCCGACCGAAACACCGGAAUCUCGUGCAGCGUACCUCCUCGAAUUAUCUCCGCGGUGUCCCGUUCGAUUCCGCGAACGUCUCGUCGGCGAGGAUCGUCGUCGAGAUUCGCCACCGGGAAUCGUCGUCGGGAGAUCAGCGUGCGCAAGCUGUUCGACAGCCGUGCACCAGGAAGACCUUCAACCUUGUGCAACCCUUGCGAGAGGUUCUCCGGUUUCAGUGAGACGAAGCAGCCUACAGUGGCGGCCGUACACCCAUGCAGAGAAGGUGUUGCGAAGAGGAACUUGAUGGCAGUCGAACCGCAGUGCGGUCGUCGGUCUAGCCGCUGUUGCACCGGCUAGCUCCGCGGGAAAGAAGGCAGAGCAAAGCGGUUCGGCCCGCUCGAACAGACGAGCAUGAGUGUUCGUGGCUCGAGGACACGUGCUUCGACGCGUGUGUCUGCUCGAUAGCGGCGUGCACUGUGGACGUCGGUGACUGACGUCAGUGGUUCCGGCGGGAAAGCGAACGAAAGCGAGGAACGCGCAGCAUUAUCGCCAUGGAGCACCAAGAUUAUCUAAUCAAUCUACAUUAUUUGCCGAUCUUCCUAUUCAUCGCGCUUCCCAGCGUUUUCAUUGUAACUUAUGUAAUAUCGGUUCUGUUGGGCCACGUGGAGGCCGGGUUCCCUUACAUCUCGGACACAGCAACAUAUGCACCGGAAAGCUGCAUAUUCGCCCAGUUUAUCAACAUGCUAGCAAUGCUCAUGUCAUUUGUAGUCUACAUAAGGUACUCCCAGGUAAAGGAGUGCACGACUGUCUUCAGUUUACAAUCGUCUCUACCAAAAUGGAACCACUGGGCUCUAAUCUUUGGCCUAACGUCUACCUUCGGCCUUUCCGUUGUCGCCAAUUUUCAAGAAACUUCCGUGCUCGUUGUGCAUUUCAUUGGCGCUCUUCUUUGUUUCGGCGGUGGUACUGCUUACUUCUGGACACAGGCUGUGUGCACGUUUUACCUACAUCCGCUUGGAUGCUCGCUGAGACUGGCGCAUCUGCGAACUGGAUUGUCUAUCUUCUGCACCGUUUGCUUCUUCGUCACCCUAAUCACCGGCGUGCUGUCUCAUCUGGUCUAUAAGGGAACGAAUCCCCGGAAAUGGUACAAAGAAGACGGCGGCUGGGAGUUGCACGUGGCUAGCACAAUCACCGAAUGGAUCUGCGCCAUAGCGUUCUGUAUCUAUCUUCUGACCUUCACCGACGAAUUCAGGGAUCUCAAGAUCAGUCAUCCAACAGUUAUCUGCGUUCCGAAUCGCUCGAGACUGAACAACGAGGCGCUGAACGAGAGCCAGGACUCCGCGAUGAAUCCCGAACGGCGCUCGCCGAGGACCACCUGAUCGCUCAUAGGCAGAGGCGUCGGUGGUUACGUGAACCUCCUCUCACACUCUCCAGUUAACACCCCAUGCCCCGGAUACAGGUACUGCGAAUCCCGAGAGGCUUUGUUGGACGAGGUGGCGCCUUUGGUGGCGACCACGCCGUCAGCUACCUGCGACAUUGAGAGGAGAACCGACGUCCUCUGCCCGGUGCAAAUACACGUGCAAGAUCCACCGAUCCGCGAACGGCUACGUCAGUCCGUGGAACGAGAAGACACCGAGAACAAGCAGAAAUGGGGCGAGGAUUACCCAAGGAAGUGGAUCGACCUGGACGAGAACAUCUUGGACGGCUACAUACUGAUAGACGAUGCGUGUUUGGAGCCUACCACGGCGUUCGAGGAAUCGCAAGAGCUUCCUUACCCAGAAGGCGCUGCGGAAGCCGACGACGAAGAAGGCGACGCCGACAGCCACGGCAAAGGCGACUCCUCGAUCUACAACAGGCGAAGGCAAGGAAUCGCGAGGAAGCCCGGAGAGAACCCGGAGCUCUGCACCACCUAUCCGCUAGCUAACAGCCAUGGCAGCGGUAGGGAGUGGAGCAGUCAUCCCAAGUACAGCGAGCUGUACUCGCACAUCGCUGUCAAGAAGUUCCUGGAGGCGAAUCGAGACGACACGGCGAACCACUCGUUGGCGAACAGUCACGGUAAUCGCAGUAUUUCAUCGGACAAUCAGGAAGGGAGCUUCGGAGACACCGCAGACACCGAUCAGCUGAACUGGGGCGGCAGACCGAGCACGAAUUACGAAGUAGCGAACAGUCACACUAGUUACGGGGCGUAUCUCGAUGGGCACGCGCAGCAAGAGGACGCAACGCAAUCGUCGGGCUGGCCGGUCACGUCUUGGAGGGAACAUCUGUUCAAUACUUCUGUGCCGGAGGAGAGGAAGCUCAAGUCGGCGAACAUCAAUAUCGUUGAAGACGACGACGAUAACGUCACGUGGACCAGUUCGACGGAAACGAAGCUGGAGAGCGAACCUCUGAUCGAACCGGCCUGCGACAUCGAGCAGUGUUUGGUUCAGAUCGAGGAGAGCUUGUUGAAUAUUGAACAGAACUUGCUCCACGUGCAGGACCUGGAUAUACCGGAACUGAGGAACCUCUUGUACAACACCCCGAGCAUCGAGAAGAGCCUCUUCGAGGUCCAGGAUCUUCUCUACACCGACGAUAUCGUUCCUGUGAUCAAACAGAAGAAAUCCUUGUCGCUGGAGUCCGAAGAAGAGAACGAGGACGAAGAGGAUGAUGACGAAGAGGAACAAGUUUGGAUCGAACGCGACUUAACAAUCAACGACGACGACGACGAAGACGGCAAUGCUGGCGCUGGUCUCGCUAAUCCCUCGAACGAAUCGCCUGACACAGCCAACGUAGCGGAGGCCAGCCAAUCGGGAUCGACGGAUCACUGUUCGAACGUCGACUUUGUGAACGAGCCUACGAUCCUGCCGGAUGAAGAUAAAUCGAACUAUACUGAGAAGACGGUGAACUUCAUUCCGAACAGUCUGAACAAAACGCUGCCCAGAAGAAUCGUUCUUGACGGCACUAAGGAGAACAUUCGCUUGUGUUCAUCGGAGCCCGAAGAGCCAACGGCCAUCGACUACAAUCUGAACACCACCUGCGCGGAGAAGAAGCUGUUGUGCCGCGACAAGUGUCACAACAGGACGAACUCUUUGGACAAGAACUCGACGUUCCCGGACCUGGGCUCGCCCGACAAGCUGGAUACCGGGAAGAGUUCCCUGCAGAACUUGCUGUUUGAGCCCGCGAACGGCAACGCGUUGGAUCUCUCGGGAAAGGCCAGGUCGGAGGAAAUACUGCAAACCUCGCGGGAGAAAUUUCUCAAAAAUUUGAACAGAAGGAGUAUAGACGAUAAACGCUGGACCAUCAUGGAGGCGAAGACGGAGGACGUGCAGAAGAGGAUCGAGUCCAUAGCUUCGCACAGACGGUUUACGGUCUCUGGGACGAACGAUCCGAAGAGGACGAGGGUCGCGAAGGAAUCGACGGAGAGCAGCACGAGCUCGCGAGAUAAAUCGCCCACCAGGCCAAGAAAAGGCGCGGUCUCUAGCGACAAGAGCCAGGAGAAGGAUAAGGAGACUGCCAGUGGCAAGAGUUUCGAGAAGAGGAAGAGGAAGAAGAUAUCGAGUAGAAGUCAAACUUCGGAGAACGCUCUGAUGCCUAGCAAACUGAUUUCUCUUUCGCUGUCCCUGCUACUCGCGGCUCUGCUGCAAGCGGUCAGGUGUCUGACAGACUUGGUCGAAGACGCCUUCAAGUCUGUCAGCUACGACAGAGGCGGCUUAUUGCAAUGAGAUGCUCCGCGAACCGUUUUCAUCCGGCACGGAAACGUCCCCCAUGGGACACGGUACCGUCCUCGAUAAGGUACCGCGUUAGAAUGGUAACGUUAGAUGACACUACACGUAUAUUUCGUCGCACGUAUCUCCUUUUUCAACGUUUCCUCAUACGCUUCCGUCCAAGACCAGGUUCCCGUUAUUACGAUGGUGCUCACAAUUUUUCUGCGAACCGAUAAUUAUCUCUUGCCGGUAUUAGGAACGUAGACAGUUCUCAAUGUGGUUAGCGUUGAAGCGUCACUCGUUGGGUUGUCGCACGCGAACCAGUGACGUGAAGAAUGACAAUUAUUAUCGAGGUACACUGACCGAUAACAGAGCACUCCUUCUUCUAUUCUGAAGUUUAGUGCAAAAGUGGUGUAGCUUCUGCUGCAAACAUUGGCAAUCUUUGUGAAUUGUCUCUAUAGUUUGGACACGUUGUGUUAUUAUUCUUUCUAGUAAUUUAUUUAAUUACCUGGUCGUUAUACAUAGCACAUUUUGUAUGCUGAUUUAUUUAAUUGUUCCGUAAUUUCGUCUUUCGCUCGAUAAAGACGUGUUUAAAUGAACAAAAACGGUCAAUAGUUUAAUUAGCAAAAUCUGAAAUUUCGUCCAUUUUUCGGUCAUUUUGUAAUUCAUCGAUUAAUAAAGAAAUAGUAUGGUAGGCUGAUCGUAAACGCACACUUUUGUUAUUAACGCGAGAGUUGGUGGUACAGUUAAUUCUUCCUAAAAUUCUCUAUCAGCUCGUAAACAAAAAUGGACAAUUUGGGAAGAGGAGAUACGAUUAUUCGAGCCUCGCGGCUCAUUUUUAUAG